AUGAAGCCAAAGGUUGGAUCUGGAUCUGGAUCUUCUUCAAGUUCAAGUUCAAGUUAUGAUGUGUUUAUCAACUUCAGAGGCGAAGACACUCGCAAUACCUUCGUUGGCCACCUUUACAGGGCUCUCAAGGAUCGUGGAAUCCAUGUUUUCAUGGACAGCAAACAUCUUUGGAAAGGAGAAGAUAUUGGGUUGGAGCUUCUCGGAGCAAUUAGAGGAUCUAAGCUCUCGAUUGCCGUCCUCAGUGAAAGAUACGCAGAAAGCAAAUGGUGUCUCUUAGAGCUCGUUCAGAUGCUCGAGUGUCAUAGAGUCAACAGUCAAGUCAUUUUUCCCAUUUUCUUCAAAGUUAAGACAUCAGAUGUUAAGAAUCAGAGUGGAAGUUUUGAAAUUUCACUUAAGAAAUAUGCCAAGGAGACCACCGAAACUCUGUUGAGAUGGAAGGAUGCUUUGCGAGCAGUAGGUGAUAAGAGUGGAUGGGUUCUUGAAGAUGGGGCUGAUCAAUCAGAGCUAGUGGAGAAAGUUGUUCAAAGUGUCUGGAUUCGACUGAAUAAAGUCCCCUUGAUUGAUGUCAAACACCCUGUUGGAUUAGAAACCCGUGUCCAAUCUAUAUUAUCCAUACUAUCAAAUACCAAUCCUAAAGAUGUUCAGUUUCUAGGGAUAUGUGGUUUAGGUGGCAUUGGGAAGACAACCAUUGCGACAACCGUUUACAACCACAUCUUUAAAAACUUUAGCCGGAGUUGUUUUCUAGAUGACAUUAGAGAGAAAGCAUCACAACCCAAUGGUAUUGGAUUUUUGCAAGAGAAACUUCUUUAUAGUGUCUGUGGGGAGGACAUAAAAAUAUGCAAUCCUAAGGAGGGAUCAAGAUUGAUAAAAGAAAGACUUAGGGAGAUAAAAAUUCUUCUCAUUCUGGAUGAUGUGGGCCAUCAUACCCAAUUAGAUGCAUUGGCUGGUGAUAUUAAUUGGUUUGGUCCUGGAAGUUGGAUAAUUAUAACAACUAGAGAUCAGAGCAUUCUUGGUAGAAUUCCUCAAAAUAAUAGAAAAGUAUAUGAGCCUGAAGAGUUGGAUAUGAAUGAAGCCUUCAACUCUUUAGUUCUUAUGCUUUUGAUUCUGACCAACCUCUUGAUGGUUAUAUACAACUUUCAAUUGAUAUAG